UUACAUCGGAAACCCUCUCCUCGAUUGAAACCGCUGCACAAGACGGCGACUUUCAAUACGACUGUCCCCGGUGAAAUCCUUAUCGGCGAAGUGGAAGCGAGAAAAAACAGCUCUCUCUCUAUCCAUCGAAUUCCAAAAGAACGGAGAAAGAGAUAUAAUGGGUAUCAAAAUUGUUGGGAAAAUAGAGAAGGUGAACGGGAAAGAAAUCAGUUACAGAGAGUUUGUGGAGAAAAACGUGGACAAAAACCAGCCGGUGGUUCUUACAGGUCUCAUGGAAGAUUGGAGAGCUUCCAGAGACUGGGUCACCGAGAAUGGCAAGCCCAAUUUCCAAUUUUUCGCCACCCACUUUGGUAAUUCCAAAGUUCAGGUUGCUGAUUGUGGUACCAUAGAAUUCACGGAUCAGAAGAGAGUAGAAAUGUCUGUUUCAGAGUUAGUUGACCAAUGGCUUCAAGACUCUAUACAUGAGGAUGGUAAUGCCACGGCUGGGGUUUCAAAAGAUAAGUCCUUUCUAUAUUUGAAGGACUGGCAUUUUGUGAAGGAGUACCCGGAAUAUAUAGCAUACACAACUCCACAGUUCUUUUGUGAUGAUUGGCUCAACUUGUAUCUCGACAAUUACCGUAUCCAUAAGGAUCCUGACAUUUACUCAGAGGAUAAUGAAGUAAGCUGCUCCGACUAUCGUUUUGUCUACAUCGGAGAGAAAGGAUCUUGGACGCCUCUCCAUGCAGAUGUGUUCAGGUCCUAUAGUUGGUCGGCAAAUGUGUGUGGGAAGAAACAUUGGUUUUUUCUCUCUCCGUCCCAAAGUCGCCUUGUAUUUGACAGAAACAUGAAAAGCUCUGUGUAUAAUAUCUUUGAUGACGUUAGUGAAACAAAAUUUCCUGGUUUUAAGGAGGCUCUCUGGUUGGAGUGCAUUCAAGAACAAAAUGAAAUCAUAUUUGUACCUAGCGGGUGGUAUCAUCAAGUUCAUAAUCUGGAAGAUACUAUUUCUAUAAAUCACAACUGGUUCAAUGCCUAUAACCUUGGCUGGGUGUGGGACCUGCUCUUAAAGGACUACAAUGAGGCCAAGGAAUACAUAGAAGACAUCAAGGACAUAUGCGAUGACUUUGAAGGUCUCUGCCAGCGUAACCUCGCAGCCAACACAGGAAUGAACUUCUAUGAUUUCUUUAUCUUCUUGGCACGCAUAUGUUUUGCCAACUUGGUCCAAGUUUGCCAUCAACUUAGAGACGCCGAAAAUCUAGUAUGGAGUUUACCCUCUAAAAUUCGUCAUUUGACAUUGAACCUCGUGUCGAUUCAAAAGGUUGCGCUCAAGAUGAAAUCUAUGGAAGGGCUGACAAGAAAUCAUGUGUUGCAUUUGGAUUUCAGAGAAACUCUAGAUGACCCUGAAUUUUUCGAACUUUGCAUGGCUUGGGAGAAAACGUACGGUACAAUAUACAAUCAGCAGAAAUGUGAUUAUCACUUGGAAAAAUCUCUGACGUGUGAUAUCAGGGACUUGGAUAUCAUAAGAACACUAGCUUCUCAGGUCUCUACUCCUGAAGAUCUUGUUAUAUUUAUAGACAACAUUAUUACAAAACUAGUUAUUCCUGAUAAUUGAUAGUGCACUCCAAGAAAGCCCUGGAAACUACUGUUCUCAAUCUACUAAUAUGAAGGAAGCAACUUUUGUUGGGCUUGUGAAAGAAAAAGCGUUGUUUAUACCGUAUUUGUGGCAGUUCUUUAAAGCAAAGAAUUGGGACCAAGUUCUCUUACUUGUCAUGUGAUAGUUCUCUUUUAUUGAUACACGCAGGCAGUUAUUUAAAGCUAAGA